AUGAAGAAGAUUGUAAUUUUUGGUUCUACUGGCAUGACUGGCCUUUGCACAAUUGAAGCAGCCCUUAAGAAAGGUCUUCAAGUGCGUGCAUUCGUCCGCGACCCAGCCAAGAUCCCUGAUCACCUCAAGGACAAGGUGGAGGCUUUCAAAGGCGAUGUCCUUAAGCCCGAUUCCGUCGCCAACGCGGUGGAGGGCACCGACGGCGUCGUUGUCACCCUAGGCACCCGCGAGUCCUUGGCUCCGACCACCGAUCUAUCCGAAGGUCUUAAAAACAUACUAGAUGCAAUGAAGGCCAAGAGUGUUAAAACUGUAACCGUAUGCUUAUCCUCAUUCCUGCUUUGCGACCCCAAGGAUGUGCCUGAACAUUACGGUCCGGUGACCGACGACCAUAGGAGGAUGUAUGAAGCGUUGAAAGAGAAUCCCCUGAAUUGGGUCGCUGUAAACCCUCCUCAAAUUUUAGAGGAACCCAGUCGUGAAAUGACUAUCGUGAUUAAUCCCCAGAAGUCACCCGAAGGUACCAUCACCAAGUGGGACCUCGGUACGUUCAUGAUUGAUGCUCUUUUCGAGCCUAAAUACUACAAGGCUGUCAUUGGGUUGAUCAAUGUACCCAAAUAA